AUGUCGAAUUUGUCGCUAAAGUGUUUGAUGGAAACUAACAAGUUGACUGGGUCAAACUUCACGGAUUGGCUCCGUUGCUUGCGUCUGGUCUUAAGGCUAGAAAAGAUUGAGUACGUCUUGGACGACCCAAUCUCUGUGAUUCCCGACAAGAACUCUGCAGAGUAUGCUAAGUUUGACGAAGCUGCUCAUAAGAAACAUGUCGAGGAUGCGACUUCGGCACAAUGUGUUAUGUUGACCUCUAUGACUACGGAGUUACAGAGGCAACGUGAACACAUGUUCCCUUUUGAUAUGUUGAAACACUUGAAAAGUUUGUAUGCUUUAGAAGCUCAAACUAUGGAGUAUGAGAUACUCCGAGAUCUAUUCAAGUGUAAGCUUCACGAAGGGAGCCCAGUUUCUGAUCAUGUUUUGAAGAUGAUUGGAUUGAUUGAGAGGUUAGCAUCGAUUGGAACGAUGCUACCCGCUACUGUCUCUGUCAAUCUAAUUUUGCAGUCUUUGCCUGCCUUGUUUGAGAAUUUCAUAGUGAAUUUCAAUAUGAACGGCACUAAGGCGAGUCUGCCCGAGCUUCAUAACAUGCUGAAGACUUAUGAGUCUACCACCACCAAAGGCAAAUCUGUGCCCAUGGUGAGCCCUUCUGCUACACCUUCCAAGAAGAAGAACAAGCAGAAAAAAAAGCAGAAGAAAGCAUUAGAUGCUAGUUUAAAGCCUAAGGGUGGAGGAAGUCAUAAAAGGUCGAAGUUGCCAAAGGAUGAGUGCCUAUUCUGUCAUGAAAAUGGGCACUAG